CCCGCCAUACGGCUCGUGGCUAUGCUCGACUCAACCUGCCUGUCGAAACACCUUCUCCAUCCAAACAUCCCUACCCCACUGACAACUUCGCGCCCAUUCAAUCAAAGAUGCCUUCCUUGAACUACGUGUUCAUACGAAGGAACGAUCGGGACGGUAGCCAUGGUAGUUCUCUCGUGUUUGCCUGCAUCGAAAACCAACGUCAAGAGAAUUAGUGUCGCCAACACGUCGGUCUUGUAUCACGAUGCGAGAGCCCUGGCAACUUGCGAGAACGGACCGCCUCUUCGGUUUCUGCUGCCAAGCUUGGAGACGAUCGGAUGGUUCAACGGAGUGACGACCGACAAUAAGCCCUCUGGUGACUACGAGAAGAUCGAUGGAGCGAGUGCCGUAGGGUUUGGGGGAAGGGGCGUGCUCUCAUUGAUGAGAGAAUGGACGAUGGCACACCCCCGAGUUGACCCGGAAACGGAAGAAGUGAUCGCUUUCCACUCCUUCUCGGUCAAGCCAUACGUCAGUUAUUCAAUCAUUCAGCCCUCUUGGGUUUCAACCUCACCUCGUCUCAUGAAUGUCCCCGUCCCGGGCGUGGCUUGCCCAAAAAUGAUGCCGGCAUGACUUUGGUGUAUCAAGGCACCACACUGUCAUGAUGGAUAUGCCGCUUUCCUUGAAUCCGCUCAAUGUGUUGAAGGGUAAACCCGUCCUCUUUUCUGAUGGGGCUGAGAAAGCCCGCUUUGGCAACCUCCCAAGGUACCAUCCGGGAAGAGUA